AUGGCGGGUCUGCAUCUUAAUUUGGCGAAGAGCAAGCUACUGGGAAUUAAUAUGGAAGAGGAAGAUUUAAUAGAUUGGGCAUCACAAAUUGGCUGUUCAGUAUGUUCUUUUCUAACAGAAUAUUUGGGACUUCCAUUGGGAGCUAAGAAAAACUCGGAGACUUUAUGGGAUCCAGUUUUUCGAAAUCUAAGUGCCAAGCUUGCUGGAAUGCCUAACAAAAUCGGUAAGAAGUUAAAUUCGUUAAUGGCUAAUUUCUUAUGGGGUGAUAAAGAGGGAAAGAGGAGAAUCCAUUGGGUAAACUGGAGCACGGUUUGUAAGCCUCUUAAUUAUGGUGGUCUUGGUGUUCUAGAUUUGAAUCUCACCAAUCGGGCACUUCUGGGAAAGUGGGUGUGGAAAUUUGCCAAUGAUAAGAGCUCCCUAUGGAAAUGUGUGUUGAGCAGCAAACACAAGGAAGGAAUUAGUCUGAGAUCAAAUUCGAAACUGAUAGUGGGAAAUGGAGAAUCCAUCUUUUUUUGGAAUGAUAUUUGGGCCGAUGAGAGUCCUCUCAAAUUUCUUUUUCCUAGAAUUUUUGUUCUCUCUCCUAAUAAAGAGGGGAAGAUUGCAGAGUUUGGUAGUUUUGAAUCAAGCGGUUGGGUGUGGAAUGUUCAAACUAGAAGGAGCUUAAGUGAUUGGGAGCUGGCUUAA